AUGGUGCGGGGAGGUACGGGUGCUACUGGGGCCGUCUCCACGGUGGAUGGUGGAUUGAAGUUUCUAUCGUUUGUCUUGUGCGCCGUCCUCCUCUCUGGCACAUCCAUACUUGCUCUCCCUACACCACUCGAGGGCACAGUCGUGGUGAGCAACAGCUCCAGCAUCGCGUCCGGGUCGACCACGACGUCUGCGAUUCCGGCGAGUGAGACGGUGGCGCCGGCGAGCGACGACCCGAACUAUGUGAUGUGGAACACGACGACUACGAGCGAUUCGAGUGUGCAGGCUGUGAGGAUUGGGAGCACGUCGAGCGAGACGGUGAAUCUGCAGCCGAUGCGGGGCACGCUCGGGACGACGAUUCUCGGGCAGCAGAACAUGGCACUACAGGCACAGAAUCCCGACACUCUCGCGCCGCCAACGACAGACAGUGGGGUGAUCCCAGGUGGAAAUAUCAAGUGGCCGAUGACUUUGAGCCCAAUGCGACUGCAGACAGGAGGCUGGGCGCGACAGCAAAACAUCAACCAGAUGCCUAUUGCGACGUCUAUGGCCGGUGUUGAUAUGCGCCUUGAGGCCGGUGCAAUUCGAGAGCUUCACUGGCACAAGACAGCUGAAUGGGCCUAUGUUUUAAGUGGCAGCAUGCAGGUGACGUCCGUCGACCAGGAUGGACGGAACUUCCUUGGGAAUGUGGGUCCUGGUGAUCUGUGGUAUUUUCCUCCUGGCAUCCCGCACAGUCUGCAGGCGACGAACGAGGACCCAAAUGGGGCGGAAUUCCUGCUUGUGUUUGACAACGGAGACUUCAGCGACGACUCGACGUUCCAAUUGACAGAUUGGCUUGCACACACGCCGAAGGAGGUGAUCGCGAAGAAUUUCGGAACGAGUCUAUCUGCGUGGGACGAACUCCCUGGCAAGGAGCUGUACAUCUUCCCUGGCAACUCUCCCUCCCCUGAUGCGCAAGCGGUAGAGGACCCAUACGGGCAGGUGCCGAAUCCAUUCACAUUCAAGAUGUCGAACAUGACUGCGACACCGCUUGCCGGAGGGUCUGUGAAGAUUGUUGAUUCGCGAACGUUCCCGGCUGCGACGGCGAUUGCUGUGGCCGAAGUGACAGUCGAACCUGGAGGAAUGAGGGAGCUCCACUGGCACCCGACUCAGGAUGAAUGGACCUACUAUCUAUCUGGCACAGCACGUGUGACAGAGUUUGCGUCGAGUAGCACUGCUCAAACAUUCGAUUUCCAGGCUGGUGAUGUUGGCUUUGUCCCUGCCACAUACGGACACUACGUGGAGAACAUAGCGAACGAGACGCUCCACUUCCUCGAGAUCUUCAACACGGAUAUCUUCCAAGACGUCAGUCUUUCUCAAUGGCUCGCGUUAAUCCCGCCACAGCUCGUACAGGCGCACCUACAAAUCUCGAAUGAGACGAUUGCGAGCUUCAAUAAGACAAAACAAGUUGUCGUAGGACCCAACUAG